AUGGAGACACUAAAGACACGCGUAGACUAUUUGCAGGCAUCAGCCCGCAUUCUAUUUCUUUCCAGCCCAUCCACAUCUCGCCAUCUCUCAUUCCAAGGUCUCGAACUUGCUGAGCUGCAGACGCCUCCGGGAGAACAUCAGUCGAGCGAGGCAUGCUCUGCUUGUGGGAAUCUGCUCACACCAGGAUGGACGACAAGGACAAAGGCCGUCACGAGGUUACUCAAGCGGCGUCAAGUAACCACACCCGAAAAAGAAUCAGCUCGAGGUAAAACCAUCUCAAAGCAAUGCCAGGUCUGCUAUCGAACCUCAAGAGAGACCAAAACUCUCCAGCCUGAUACCAGGAAGAGACAGAGCCGGCAAAGUGCAGCUUCUCGGAAACCGGUCGAAGAACCCAGCCAGUACCAGCCAGUCGAAAAGUCGAGCAAAGUCAGCAGCAAGAAGCGAGCCAAAGCAAGAAAGGAUCGCGAAGGCUUGCAGGCACUUCUCAACAAGAGCACACAGAACAAGCCUUCACCAAGUCUCAACCUGAUGGACUUGAUGAAGCGAUAA